GUUAAAAUGGAUCCAGUUAAUUCCACUAAUAAAGACGAUGCAUCAGUAUAAGCAAGAGCAAGGAGGAGAAGGAAUGAUCAAAGUAGCAGGGAUUACACAUGCGGGUGUGGGAAGAGCUAUUUGAGUUAUCCCGCACUAUAUACACAUUUGAAGUAUUGCAACUUGUAUAUGGAGGCAAAAACAUCAAGGAAGUCCUCCUUAAGGUACAACCUAACCUAAUAAUAUGAAUCCAAAAGCAAAUAGGGGCAGACCUAAGAGAGUAUGAUUUAUUUGUAUUUAUCCAAGUUGGACGAAAACGACUUGAAGGAAGGAAAAUCAGACGACGAAAGAUCAAUCAGCAAUAAUGAACCAGAUGAAACUAUAGAAUAAGUCCUCCUCUUUUUAGAUAGUGUUGGCAAUUUUAGAUCUGUAAGGCUUUAUUCCAAAAAUUCAAGGGCAUUAAGUAUGAGAAAGAGGAAGAAAAGCAAGUCUAUUUAUUGAAUAGCUUUCCAAAAGAUUACUUUAUUAAUAAUCAGGAUUAUUAGACCAUCUAUAAUUAUAUCAAGGAAAUUACAAAUGAAAGAGUAAAAUUUGCUGUAUAAUUUUGAAUAGGUAAAAAAUCCAGAUCAGGAUCCUCUGAUGAAAGAGGAAAUAGAUAAAGACAAAAACAUCAAGAAAACUUAAAUAAGUAAAAUAUUGGCCUAUUUUCUUGUGGCUAUUGGGCCUUUAUUGAAUGAAGAUGCUUACAAGGAAGUAAAUUUAAAUUAUCAUCAAGAUGGCUACCUUCAUUGUUUUAUUCUCUAUUGCACUAAAUGAAACGGGUUAUCAGGCUCUCUAAAAUUAUGAAUAGGAAUAAUAUCAGCAGGGAGAUACUGAUAAAAAAACGUAAUCACUAGUUAAACAAGGUAUGGAUACAUUUAGUAUCAAGACUAAAAUAUGAAUGCAGUAUAUUGCGAGGAAUAAAAUGGUGAACACAUUUUAUUAAUAACAAAUGAAUUUAUAUUGUCAUUUUUGCCUUAGAACUUUCCUAAAUUGGGGAAUAUUGAAAAAACUUUUAGGAUAUUCGGUAGUCCAGAUGAAAAACUAAAAAAUGCUGUUUAUGUUACUUAACAUUUAUCUUAUUGGUUGUAUGCUAUGAAAUUUACUAACUCAAGAUUAGCUCUAUACACGGAUGAUGAUUAAUGA